UCCUUCGUAGAGGUUACUCGACAACACGAUGGCAGAAGUCGCCCCAGCUGCACCCGCCGCCCCGGCCACUCCGGCUAAAGCCCCGAAGAAGAAAGCCGCGAAGCCCAGCAAGAAGUCUGGACCCGGCGCCAGCGAGCUGAUCCUGAAAGCCGUGUCCGCCUCCAAGGAGCGAAAGGGACUUUCUUACGUCGCUCUGAAGAAGGCGCUGGCCGCUCAGGGCUACGAUGUGGAGCAUAACAGCGCCCACAUUAGACGCGCCGUGAAGAGUUUGGUCGAGAAAGGCUCCCUGGUUCAGACCAAAGGAACCGGAGCUUCCGGAUCCUUCAAGGCGAGCAAGACCGCUGAGAAGCCCAAGAAGGUAGUGAAGAAAGCCGCCCCGGCAAAGGCCAAGAAGCCCGCGGCGGCGAAGAAACCCUCCGCCGCUGUUAAGAAGCCAACAGCCGCCAAGAAGCCCAAAGCAGCCAAGACCACACCGAAGAAGGCCAAGAAACCUGCGCCUGCCAAGAAAGCGGCGGCCAAGAAGCCGGCAAAGAGCCCCAAGAAGGUGACCAAGAAGGCGGCUACACCCAAGAAAGCAGCCAAGAAGGUGGCGAAACCCAAAGCCACUAAGGCCAAGAAGGUGGCCACCAAGAAGGCAGCCAAGAAGUAAAUGUCGUAAACUUUACUUAACCCAGCAAACGGCUCUUUUAAGAGCCACCCAAGUAUUUCAUUGAAGAACAAUUUCCUGUUUAGAAUUGUACGUUUAGUGUGUGUGUGUGUGUGUGUGUGUGUGUGUGUGUGUGUACACAUGUAUAUAAACCAUUUCUAUAUCUGUAAAUACUGUUUUAUUAGGGCAGAUAGGUUUUUGUUUUUGUUUUGUUUUCUACUCGUGAAUAUCUUUAUAGAAAUCAGUGCACUCCUUUUCUUUUGAACAUGUUCCUGAUGCACCAGUUUAUUUAACCCAAGUUUAAACCAACUGUCCCAGUAUUAGUACUUAAUAGUACUGUAAUAUGUUUUUACCCCCAUUCUCCUGAGUCCAUAUUGGGUUUCAGUUACAUUACUUUCCUGCUAUCAACUCUUAUUCACCUCACUUGAGACAGUAACGCACUAUUAGUUUAAUA